CUGCAUGCCGGUGUCGCAGCCUACAAACCAGGACGAGCAGUUUGCAGAGGACUACCUGAAGAGGUUUUUCAACCUGACAGAGGAAAGAGGUCCGUUCAGAAGUGGCAUCAGCUCAGUGUCCAAGAAGAUGAUGGAGAUGCAGAAAUUCUUUGGCCUUCAGAUAACAGGGAACCUGGAUGCUGACACCUUGGCCAUGAUGAAGAAGCCACGCUGUGGCGUCCCAGACGUAGAUGUUUCUCAAUUCUCCACUUUUGGAAACAAUCUGAAAUGGGACAAGAAUGACCUCACAUACAGGAUAGAGAACUACACACCAGACAUGCCUGCAGCAGAGGUAGAUGAAUCCAUUGAGAAAGCUCUUCAGGUCUGGGCCAAAGUUACUCCCCUCAGAUUCACAAGGAUUUACAGCGGCAUAGCAGACAUCAUGAUCUCCUUUGGUAGUAGAGCACACGGUGAUUUUUACCCCUUUGACGGCCCUGACGGUACUCUUGCCCAUGCUUUCGCUCCUGCUCCUGGUAUUGGAGGAGACGCCCACUUUGAUGAAGAUGAGACCUUUACGUUCCGCUCCAAUACAGGCUACGUCCUCUUUAUGGUUGCAGCCCAUGAGUUUGGACACUCUCUGGGUUUGUCCCACUCUAACGAUCCUGGUGCUCUCAUGGCCCCUAUUUACUCGUACAAAAACCCAGACACGUUUGUUUUGCCACAAGAUGAUAUCAGAGGUAUCCAGUCGCUUUAUGGUAAAAACGAGGAUCCAGUACCUCCUGGACCAACUGCUCCUCCCACUCCUGAUGCCUGUGAUUCCUCCCUGGUCUUGGAUGCUGUUGCCUCACUGCGAGGAGAGAUGCUGUUCUUCAAGAACGGAAUCUUCUGGCGUAUCUACCCCCAGAGUUACACCCCUCAGCAAACUCUCAUAGCAAACUUCUGGCCCAGCGCCCCUGAGAGUGUUGAUGCUGCUUAUGAGAGUCACCUCUUAGACAGAGUCUUUCUCUUCAAAGGUCGUCAAGUUUGGGCGUUCAGUGGCUAUGAUCUGGUUCAGGAUUAUCCCAGAUCCAUUUCCAGCUUUGGUUUGCCCAAGGACAUCAAGAAAGUCGAUGCGGCCCUCAAUGACCCAGAGACUGGCAAGACUCUGUUCUUCGUUGGCAGCAAUUACUACAGCUACGAUGAGAAUACAAAGUCGAUGGACUCAGGAUUCCCAAAGCGAGUUGAUGAAACCUUCUCAGGAAUGACCAGGAAGGUAACGGCAGCUUUACAGUACAGAGGUUUCACCUACCUCUACAGUGGUCCCUACAUGUACGAGUUCAGCUCCAGGACGGGGCGGAUGCUGCGUCUGCUGAGAAACAGCUACUUCCUGCCCUGCACCAACUACUUUCAACAAGGAAACAUGAAGACGUUCACACUGAGUUUUCUCCUGAGCCUUUCGGCUGCGGUGUUCUGCAUGCCGGUGUCGCAGCCUACAAACCAGGACGAGCAGUUUGCAGAGGACUACCUGAAGAGGUUUUUCAACCUGACAGAGGAAAGAGGUCCGUCGUUCAGAGGCAUCAGCUCAGUGUCCAAGAAGAUGAUGGAGAUGCAGAAAUUCUUUGGCCUUCAGAUCACAGGGAACCUGGAUGCUGACACCUUGGCCAUGAUGAAGAAGCCACGCUGUGGCGUCCCAGACGUUGCGAAGUACUCCACUUUUGGAAACAAUGUGAAAUGGGACAAGAAUGACCUCACAUACAGGAUAGAGAACUACACACCAGACAUGCCUGCAGCAGAGGUAGAUGAAUCCAUUGAGAAAGCUCUUCAGGUCUGGGCCAAAGUUACUCCCCUCAGAUUCACAAGGAUUUACAGCGGCAUAGCAGACAUCAUGAUCUCCUUUGGUAGUAGAGCACACGGUGAUUUUUACCCCUUUGACGGCCCUGACGGUACUCUUGCCCAUGCUUUCGCUCCUGGUCCUGGUAUUGGAGGAGACGCCCACUUUGAUGAAGAUGAGACCUUUACGUUCCGCUCCAACAAAGGCUACGUCCUCUUCGCGGUUGCAGCCCAUGAGUUUGGACACUCUCUGGGUUUGUCCCACUCUAAUGAUCCUGGUGCUCUCAUGGCCCCUUUUUACUCGUACCGAAACCCAGACACGUUUGUUUUGCCACAAGAUGAUGUCAGAGGCAUCCAGUCGCUUUAUGGUAAAAACGAGGAUCCAGUUCCUCCUGGACCAACUGCUCCUCCCACUCCUGAUGCCUGUGAUUCCUCCCUGGUCUUGGAUGCUGUUGCCUCACUGCGAGGAGAGAUGCUGUUCUUCAAGAACGGAAUCUUCUGGCGUGUCUACCCCCAGAGUUACACCCCUCAGCAAACUCUCAUAGCAAACUUCUGGCCCAGUGCCCCUGAGAGUGUUGAUGCUGCUUAUGAGAGUCACCUCUUAGACAGAGUCUUUCUCUUCAAAGGUCGUCAAGUUUGGGCGUUCAGUGGCUAUGAUCUGGUUCAGGAUUAUCCCAGAUCCAUUUCCAGCUUUGGUUUGCCCAAGGACAUCAAGAAAGUCGAUGCGGCCCUCAAUGACCCAAAGACUGGCAAGACUCUGUUCUUCGUUGGCAGCAAUUACUACAGCUACGAUGAGAAUACAAAGUCGAUGGACUCAGGAUUCCCAAAGCGAGUUGAUGAAACCUUCUCAGGAAUGACCAGGAAGGUGACGGCAGCUUUACAGUACAGAGGUUUCACCUACCUCUACAGUGGUCCCUACAUGUACGAGUUCAGCUCCAGGACGGGGCGGAUGCUGCGUCUGCUGAGAAACAGCUACUUCCUGCCCUGCACCAACUACUAGAUCAGCUUUUGACGAAAACCAGUGAAGGUUCAAUUAAUGCCAAAUUUACAUCCAUAAUUUAUAUUAAUAAUAAUAAAAUGUUUUUAUGUUGUUGUGUUGUCCCACACUUUUACAAAUAUAAUCCGUCCUUUUGUAUUCUGUGAAUGUAAUGUUUUUUAUGAGAGUUUUUUUUAAUGUAUUACAUUUGUGAUUUUUGUACUAUUUAAUUUUGUGUUUGUCUUGCUAUUUGCAUUUCUAUUUAAGUAAAUCAAAUCAAAUUGUUAAAAAGUGUUUUUGUAUGUCCCACUAUUUAACUGCACAAAAACUAAUGCAAAUAAAAUGAC